GUGGUAGGCACUUCCUUUUCCCGUGGGAGCUGCCGGGUUGAGAGGAGCGUGGCCUUCUCCUCUCCCCGACAUGGCUUGUGCUCGUCCCCUGAUAUCGGUGUAUUCCGAAAAGGGGGAGUCAUCUGGCAAAAAUGUCACCUUGCCUGCUGUGUUCAAGGCUCCCAUUCGACCAGAUAUUGUGAACUUUGUUCACACCAACUUGCGUAAAAACAACAGGCAGCCCUAUGCUGUCAGCGAAUUGGCAGGUCACCAGACCAGUGCUGAGUCUUGGGGGACUGGCAGAGCUGUGGCUCGAAUUCCCAGAGUUCGAGGUGGUGGGACCCACCGCUCUGGCCAGGGUGCUUUUGGAAACAUGUGUCGAGGAGGCCGCAUGUUUGCACCAACCAAAACUUGGCGACGUUGGCACCGUAGAGUGAACACAACUCAGAAGCGAUAUGCCAUCUGCUCUGCCUUGGCUGCCUCUUCCUUGCCAGCGUUGGUCAUGUCAAAAGGUCAUAGAAUUGAGGAAGUUCCUGAACUUCCCUUGGUUGUGGAAGAUAAAGUUGAAGGUUACAAGAAGACCAAGGAGGCCGUUUUGCUUCUGAAGAAACUGAAGGCCUGGAAUGAUAUCAAAAAGGUCUAUGCCUCUCAGCGAAUGAGAGCUGGCAAGGGCAAGAUGAGAAAUCGCCGUCGUAUCCAGCGCAGGGGACCUUGCAUCAUCUAUAAUGAAGACAAUGGCAUCAUUAAGGCUUUCAGAAAUAUCCCUGGCAUUACUCUGCUUAAUGUAAGCAAGCUGAAUAUUCUGAAACUUGCUCCUGGCGGGCAUGUUGGGCGCUUCUGCAUUUGGACUGAAAGUGCUUUCCGCAAGUUAGAUGAGUUGUACGGCACUUGGCGUAAAGCUGCUUCCCUCAAGAGUAACUAUAACCUGCCUAUGCACAAAAUGAUCAAUACAGACCUGAGCAGAAUCUUGAAGAGUCCAGAGAUCCAAAGAGCCCUCCGGGCACCACGCAAGAAGAUUCAUCGUAGAGUCCUGAAGAAGAAUCCUCUGAAGAACCUGAGGAUCAUGCUGAAGCUGAACCCAUAUGCAAAGACCAUGCGCCGGAACACCAUUCUUCGCCAUGCCAGGAAUCACAAAAUCCAUCUGGAGAAAGCAGCAGCACGGGCAGCCAAAUUGAAAGAGAAGCUUAAAGGCAAGAAGCCCGUGGAAGAGAAGAAGGGGAAAAAGGCUGCAGAUACCAAGAAGCCUUUGAAGAAACCUUUAGGGAAAAAGCCUGCAGCUGCCAAAAAACCAGCUGAAAAGAAACCUGCAGCCACCAAGAAACCAGCAGCUGAAAAGAAGCCUGCUGAAGAAAAGAAGACUGCUGCAUAAACUCUUAAAAUCAAUCCCUAUCCUAGACAGGUGACAUAAAAUUGGACAGCUUAUUUUGAAUAAAGACCUGGUUAGGGAGGCAGUGAGAAA